AUUUCUAUUUUUCUUCACCUCUUCUAUUUUCCCUGUCAUUUCAAAUUCAUUUUACAUUUUAAUGUCUAGUCCUGUUUAUUCCUAUUCCCUCUAUUGAUUGUAUUAAUUCCAUUAUAUAAUUAUUCACUAAACUGUAAUAUUUCCCUUUUCCAUUUGCUUUUUCCACCAACCACAUUUCCUCUUUAUUCUGGUAUCUCAGGACAAAUGCUCUCUCAGCCCUACACUUCUAUAGUGAUAUAUGAUAAACCUAUUCUACAUAUUUCUAGCACUUACACAUUCAUACUCUUCAUUAACUUAUUUUCUUGUUUAGUUUUAGAGAUCCCUAAACCGUAUAUCCGUUUGGCUGGAGCAUGCAUUAGUUUGUUGAUAAUUGGACUUCUGGCAUUAAGCAUUCGUUUCUGCAACAAGCAUGUGAAAGAAUUAAAAAAACGUGAGGAAGAGGUGCGGAGUCUUCAAGUAGUUGUACCAGGAGUAAAAAUACACAUAGGAGAAGAAGGGAACUCUAAGGAAAAUGAAGUGACUCCUAAUAAAGAAAAUAAUAAUAAAGUGGGAGAAAUAUCAGAGUCUGCUACAAUAACGGAUGUCCCUCAAGAGAACUGUGCUGAAACAGAUAAAGAGAUUAUAGAUGUUGAAUCACAGCACAUGAACGAAGAGACCACUAAAAAACAAAAAAAGAAAAACUGGAGGAAAUAUCUUCCUUUUACUAAAAAAACCAAUCCACCUCCUGAGAACGGUGUGGAAACAGAUAAAGAGCUAAAGGAAAGUGGGAAGAAACUACUAAAACUACUAAAUCUACUAAAACUACUAAAAGUAGUAAAACCACGAAAACCAGAAUUAGCAGAGGAAGCAGAUGAACAGAACAAGAAAGUUCAUGAAACGCAAGUAGAGGAAGUUGAUCAGAAGAAGAAAAAAAGAAUAUGGAAAUGGAAAUGGAAAAAGAAAAGGGCAGAAAUGACACUUCUCCCGAGAUAAAAACCAAAGUCGAAGGAGGAGUUCAAAAUAAAAAAUGGAAUAACGGCAGCCCUUUCCUUGUGAGGCAAUUACAGGCGACCGGAAAACGAUUUACAUUUUGGCCGGCGGAAGGCAGAGGAAGACAGAUCGGGGAGAUUAUUGUUGCAGAUCUUCUGCCUUGGAUUGCUCUCCUCACUUUACUAGUUCUAUGUUGCUGAAGACUUGCGGUGAAGUCUAAGAGGAAAGAAGCACCAUUGCACUAAAACAACUGGGCAGUGCGCUGAAGUAAUCCUGUGAAGAGGAGAUUUGUCACCUGGCGACUCAUAUCCCCGAAUCUGCCCGUGUGGCCAGACCCUUAGAAUCAGUGUGACCUUUAAACAUUGAUAACGUUAUAAUGUUUUUUUUUUCCCUUGUUUAUAUUGUUACAUUUAAAAAAAUAAACCAUUGUAUAAAAGUAUACCAGCUUUAUUUUCUAAUGACUUGAGUAAUAAAAUACACGGGAACACCUUAAA